UUCCGUUAUGAUAUUACGGCGUUAAAGUCCAUGGAAACACAUUGUGAACAUAAAAAUAUGCACCUAUAAAUUGUGUAUGAAACCAACUCAAGUUCAAAACAGCCAAAAUAAUCAACGUAAAAACAUAUAAAUGUAUGGUACUAUGUUCACCGUUCACGCAUUUAUAAUUAAGAAUCCAAAUAAUAUUGGUUUCAUUUUUAAAAUCUAGGCAAAUCUUAAAAAUUAAUUUGGAUUUAAAAUAAUAACAAGAACAACAAAACGACAUUUCAACGAUGCGGCGGGGGUCAAGGAGUCGUCAAAAAGACAAAAACCUACACAUAGUAAGUUGAUAGUUGGAUCCGAGCCACAUCAAACGUGUUUCAAUUGUAAUUUUCAUGAACUAUAUUAGUAUUAUAAUCUUUUUUUAAAACAAAAAAUAUUUUUAUCCUAACAGAAAAACACCAAAAUAAAAUGAAUUUAUUUCCUCCAAGUGGUGAAACACAAUCGUUGUUAAAAAACAGUAAUUUCAACAUGAAAUGGAAUAAUAAAGUGGUCAAGUGGACUUUCAGUAUAGUUUUGUUUGGUUUGUUGUUACUAGGUGCUAUUUGUCUUGUGCAAAUUUUCACUAAGAAAAUUCAGGUGGAAUCUAAUGCAACUAUAAAAAAAAAAAAUCCACUACACAUCACGAGUAUUGCAACCACAAACGAUGACUUUUUAAAGAAAUGUGCUCCUAUCGUUAAAUGUGAUCCUGAUGCCAAAUAUAGAAGUGCAAAUGGUUCUUGUAAUAAUUUGAGGACUCCCACAUGGGGUGCCGCAACAACGCCAUUUUUUCGUAUGAUUGAUGCCAAUUACAGUGAUGGCUAUUACGCGUUCCGAUUACAAACAAAUGGAAGUGCAUUGCCUAGUGGAAGGAUGAUAAAUGUUAAAGUCUUUAUGAAUCAUGAGAUAUAUCGCGUUGACGAAAAUAAUGUACUUUUAUUUCCAUUCGCACAAUCAUCAGCCCAUGACAUAUCGGGGUUGCCUAAUGAUAUUAUAUUAAGAAAGGAUGGCACAACAAUAGAUUGUUGUUCGGCUGAAAAUAAAAUAAAGAAAUAUCCACAAUGUCUUGAGAUUAUCGAAUCAACCGACGAUCCUGUUUAUAGUACGUUUAAUAUAACUUGUACGGGUACAUUCCGUGCAAUGACAUCGAGGAAUUAUUACGACUGUCCGUUAUACCCCACAACAUUUAUCAAUACCAAUACACAUUUCAUCGACGCGUCUGAAGUGUAUGGAUCAAACGAAAAUAAUGCACAACACCUUAGAACUAUGGAUGGUGGAAGACUGAAUUUCUCAAUUGGUGACAAUGGCCAAAUGUUCUGUCCAUUUCUACUCAAUCAAAACAAGGAACCAUCAAUUGAAAAUCCAAACAGCCAUAUUAAAUAUGAUACAGGAGAUCCAAAGAAUGGGAAUCAAAAUUUAGGAAUUAUUUCAAUGCAGACCUUAUUCUUAAGGUUUCAUAAUUAUGUUGCUUUAAAGCUUUCGUCUUUAAAUCCAUUUUGGUCCGAUGAAAUUGUUUAUCAGGAGUCGCGAAGAAUUGUCAUUGCAACUAUUCAACGUAGCAUAUAUGAAGAUUUUUUACCGAUUAUUAUUGGAGAUGAUUUCCAAGAAUUAUAUGGAUUAAACCAACCAAAUAUCUAUGAUCCUAGUUUAAAUCCCUCGACGUCUCAAGAAUUUUCGACUGCUGCUUAUCGAGUCCUACAUGCAAUUAUACCCGCUCAGUUAAAUUUUAUGAACAAUAAUUACCAAAUAGAAAACCGGGUAAGAAUUAUCGAUUGGAUAUUAGUCUCAGACCCAUUACCCAUUGAUAAUAAUUUCGAUAAAUUGUUAAAAGGGUUUAUAGAGACUCCAGGACGAAUAGUUCAACCUUCUUACAAUUUCUACAUGUCCAACUUCAUGUUCCUUACAAUAAACAAUUCUCUAUUAGCUGGGCCUGUCUCACUCGAUAAUGUUAAGCUCCGUGCACCUCAGUUCAGUACUCGUGAUCUGCUAUCAAUUGAUAUUUUAAGGGGCCGCGAUGUGGGCCUUCAACCAUACAAUCAUGUCAGGCAUUUUUGCGGAUAUCCGUUGGCCAAAGAUUUUGAUGACUUAGUGGAUCUCAUACACAUAAAAGCUAUAGCCCAAUUAAAAGAACUUUAUAACUCAGUGAAUGAUAUAGACUUAAUGGUAGGUCUUUUAUUGGAAAAACACAGUGACGGUGCAAUUGUAGGUCCGACGACACAGUGUUUGAUUGCCGACGGUUUUUAUCGAUACAAAGCGGGUGAUCGAUUUUUCUACGAUGUACAAGGUCAACCCGGUAGCUUCACCGAUGAUCAAUUAAAAGUGAUUAAGAAAAUUACUCUCGGCCAUAUCGUAUGUGCUACUUCAAACGUAGACCAUGUACAAAAGGACAUUUUUAAGAUGGUCGAUCACAAUUUAUUUCCUACACUCAAACGGAAAUGUGACAGCAGGGAGUUCUAUUUGGACUUUGAAGAUUGGAAUGACUCAAAUGGUCGACCAGAGUUGUGAAUUGAUCGAUUUAACAUUUAGACAUUUUUUGUAUUUAUAUUUAUGUGUGUAAUAUACUAGCUGAAUUUCCCUGGCAUAGCCCUGAAAAAUAA